AUGGAUUCCAACAACAACCUCAAAUCUCCAAGAAACGGUUCUUCUCUUCCUUCACCACGCUAUAGCCAGAGUUCUAGUAGCAGCACCAACAGUAACAUCAUCAACAAUGAACCAGUUUUGAACCUACCAAAACCCGUAACCAGAUCCGAACCGGGUAACCCAUACCCGACAACAUUUGUUCAAGCUGACCCAUCUUCAUUCAAACAGGUUGUUCAAAUGUUAACCGGAUCCGCUGAAACAGCAAAACAAACCUCUUCGAACUCCACCACCACCACCACCACCAACAGCAACAACAACAACAGCAGAAACCAUAUUCCACCUAUCAAAACCAUACCCAAAAAACCGAACCAAUCUGGUUUCAAACUCUAUGAACGAAGAAACUCGCUCAAGAAUCUUAAACUCAACCCUCUGCUACCUGUUUUCUCUCCAAAUAACUCAAACCCUUCUGGUUUCUCUCCUCGUAACGCUGAUGUUCUGUCACCAAGCAUCCUCGAUUUUCCCGCACUUGCUCUCAGUCCUGUUACUCCUCUUAUACCCGACCCGUUUAACAGGAACGCCGUCCCCGGUGGUGGAGGAAGCGGUUACCGAUGCGAGAAUGUGAGUCCGAGUCCGAGUCCGGUUUUGAACACUGAAGCUGAAGAAAAAGCUAUCAAAGAGAAAGGGUUUUUCUUACACCCUUCACCUGGAAACACUCCAAGAGACUCUGAACUUCGUUUGCUUCCUCUGUUUCCAACUACUUCUCCAAGAGCUUCGGAUCCUUCUUCUUCUUCUACUUCCAGUACUUGA